AGAUGGUGGAUGCGGUGGCGAUUUGCGGCGGAGCCACCGCAGAAGGUGGCGUGUAGAGCCGAUUGACGACUUUUUUUGCCCUUUUUCCUCCAGGGAGGGGCAUGGAAGUGGAGCUGGCCAUGCUGAGACAUUUCAUAGGUCAGCUUGAAGAGCUCUGCGAACUCUACGGCUCUCCCUAUCAUCACCACCUUCCCGACACCGAACCUCGCCCCCUCCUCCAUCAACACCUCAAUCGCAGGUGGCACUCUCUUGAUAUUGAUGAAAGUUCUCCAGAAUUCUGUAGCCCCGUAAUGGCCGCUGGAAAGUCCAGAGGAAUCAAAAGCGUAGAUCCCUGCAAGCUUCCCCCUUCCAAGAAAUCUCGAAAAGAGCGCAACCAGGGUAAGUCUGCAAAUAAUGACAAAUCAGCCGAGGUUAUGGAACAAGAAAUCUGGAGAGAAUUCCCAGAAGACCUUUUCGAAGCUGUUAUUGCAAGACUUCCUAUCGCGACAUUCUUUCGCUUCCGUGCUGUGUGUCGGAAGUGGAACUCAUUACUCUGCUCGCAGAGUUUCUCUCAGCAUUGUGCCCAGGUUCAACAAGAUUAUCCAUGGUUUUACACUAUCACUCAUGAGAAUGUGAAUUCUGGGGUCAUGUAUGAUCCUUCCUUGAAGAAAUGGCAUCAUCCCACUAUCUCUUCUCUGCCUGCAAAUAUAAUUGUGUUGCCAGUUGCCUCUGCCGGGGGGCUUGUCUGCUUUCUUGACAUUGGUCACAGAAAUUUCUAUGUCUGUAACCCUCUUACUCAGUCUUCCAAAGAGUUGCCAGCUAGAUCCAUUAAAGUCUGGUCUCGCAUUGCAGUGGGGAUGACCCUGAAUGGAAGUUCCGCCACUGGGGGCUAUAAGAUAAUGUGGCUGGGGUGCAAGGGGGAGUAUGAGAUUUACGACUCGGUGAAGAACGCUUGGCUCCGUCCUGGAACUAUGCCGCGGAAUAUCAAGCUCCCAUUAUCGCUGAACUUCAGGUCACAGGCAGUUUCCAUUGAUGACACCCUGUACUUCAUGCGCUCAGAUCCGGAAGGGAUCGUGUCCUACAACAUGGUCACCGGAAUCUGGAAGCAGUUCAUUAUACCGGCCCCGCUUCAUAUGACUGACCACACACUCGCCGAGUGUAGGGGGCGUAUCAUGCUGGUAGGUCUUCUUACCAAGAACGCUGCCACGUGUGUAUGCAUAUGGGAGCUGCAGAAGAUGACGCUCUUGUGGAAGGAGGUUGACAGAAUGCCAAAUAUAUGGUGCUUGGAGUUCUACGGAAAGCACGUUAGGAUGACUUGCUUGGGCAACAGAGGUUUGCUCAUGUUGUCAUUGAGGUCUAGACAAAUGAACAGACUGGUAACUUAUGACAUGUCGAGCAAGGAAUGGCUGAAGGUGCCCGGGUGCGUGGUGCCACGCGGGCGGAAGAGGCAGUGGAUAGCAUGUGGUUCUGCCUUCUAUCCUUGCUUAACCGCUGCUGCUUGAGCCAAUUUCCUUUGCGUCUGGCAGCCAUGGCUUGUUCAGAUUAGGGAGUCGAUUUGGUUUCUUAUUUUGGUUGAUUGGCUGUAUGUUUAAGCUGCUAGGUUUUUCUGUGGCUCGCUUUCUAUGUUGUACUCGUCCAGUAGGAAUACCAUUGGGUUAGCCACAUGAUCUACGUGCUUUGUUCAUGUACAAACAUAUGCGGACAAAUAACUCCAAUCAUCAGAAAACAUAUUCCCGUACUUCUGUUGUCUUUCUGUUUCAGGUUGGUGAGACUUAUAUUGAAAGUGAACUGACGGGUUCUGAAUGUAAUUUGUGCUACGAUGUUGUAUAAGAAUGAGGUGAAUUUCAUCUAAGGAGACAGUGAAUCUGAUGUUUGUUGGA